AUGACGGCUGUCCUUCCGUAUCUUCAAGGUACAACAGAGCGCAUAGGCAGACUUUUGAGUAAGCAUAACAUCAGAGUAAUCUUCAAACCCCAGAAGAAAAUUGCUCAAUUACUCCCUAACCCCAAAGAUCAAAGACCAAGCUUGGAAACCUCAGGUGUGUACAAGAUAUCUUGCGUCUGCGGAAAAGUGUACAUAGGAGAAACCGGGAGAAAGAUCAGUACACGGAUCAAGGAACACCAGAGGUGUGCCAAAUACAGCCACUUUUCACAAUCAGUCUUGGCGGAACAUUGGAUGGAGACUGGACAUGCCGUGCAGUAUGAUAAGUCUACUAUGUUGGUCCCGUCACAAGGCUACUUUGCCAGAAAAUAUCGGGAAGGUCUGGAAAUCUUAAAACAUCCUGACAACCUCAACCGCGACAAAAGCCUUCAAGUAAAACCUAUUUGGCAUACCGUUCUCCCAGGUUUUUUAAUUGACCGACCGGUCAAUCAAAAACGCUCCGAUUGA